AGAUACGGGCUACCAGUCUACAGACGGUACAGUAGUGGUGGAUCCUAUCCCAGCAUUCCCCUCACCUCCCCCCUACCUGGCAUACCCAAGCCAGUCUUCGCAAGAGUGGAUGGGCAGGAAAAGUUUGAAACAAAAGUCACCACUCUGGACAAUGGGCUACGUGUGGCUUCGCAGAACAAAUUUGGGCAAUUUUGUACUGUUGGGCUUCUGAUAAGUUCAGGCUCCAGGUAUGAGGCAAAGUAUCUAAGUGGCAUCUCUCACUUUCUGGAGAAACUCGCCUUCUCUUCUACAGCCCAGUUUGGCAGUAAAGAUGAGAUCCUUCUUACUCUGGAAAAACAUGGUGGCAUAUGUGACUGUCAGACAUCCAGGGACACUACCAUGUAUGCUGUUUCUGCAGAUGCCAAGGGUCUGGAUACAGUGGUCAGUCUGUUGGCAGAGGUUGUUCUGCAGCCACGGCUGUCUGAUGAGGAAUUGGAGAUGACGAGAAUGGCGGUGCGGUUUGAGUUAGAGGACCUCAAUAUGAGGCCAGACCCGGAGCCUUUGCUGACUGAGAUUAUUCAUGCGGCAGCCUUCAGAGACAACACAGUGGGUCUCCCUCGCUUCUGUCCUGUGGAGAACAUUGACAAGAUAGAUCGGAAGACACUACAUGCCUACAUGCACAAUUACUACACCCCAGAGAGGAUGGUGCUGGCAGGGGUGGGCAUAGAACAUGACCAGUUGCUGGAGUGUGCCAAAAAGUACAUGCAGAGAGUGGAGCCUGUUUGGGCAUCUGGCAAACCCCGCAGUGUGGACCGUUCCAUCGCCCAGUAUACUGGAGGAAUCAUCAAGGUGGAGAAAGACAUGUCGGACGUGAGUCUGGGUCCCACCCCAAUCCCUGAACUGACGCACAUUAUGAUUGGUCUGGAGAGCUGCUCCUUCCUGGAAGACGACUUUAUCCCAUUUGCAGUGUUGAACAUGAUGAUGGGAGGUGGUGGCUCAUUCUCAGCUGGUGGACCUGGGAAAGGAAUGUUCACCAGACUCUACCUCAAUGUCCUCAACAGGCACCACUGGAUGUACAAUGCCACAGCUUACCACCACAGCUAUGAGGAUACUGGACUUCUGUGUAUUCAUGCCAGCUCAGACCCCCGUCAGGUGAGAGAGAUGGUUGAGAUUAUCACUCGGGAGUUCACCCUGAUGGCAGGAUCUGUAGAGCAGGUGGAGCUGGAACGUGCAAAGACGCAGCUGAAAUCGAUGCUGAUGAUGAACCUGGAAUCUCGACCUGUGAUUUUCGAGGAUGUUGGAAGACAAGUGUUGGCAACUGGCACCCGGAAACUCCCACAUGAACUGUGUAGCCUUAUUAGCAACAUUAAAGCAAGUGACAUCAAAAGGGUAGCAACAAAGAUGCUGAGGAAUAAGCCUGCAGUGGCAGCGUUAGGGGACCUAUCCGAGUUACCAGACUAUGAUCAGAUCCAGACCGCACUCUCCAGUAAAGAUGGACGCCUUCCACGGUCAUACCGCCUGUUCCGAUAG